CCCCGUACGCAUGCGCAGCGCUUGCGCGACGCGGCGCCCCGGGGCGUUGCUGGGAAACCUCCGCUGUUGGCUGCGGCGGGACCGGCAGGAAUGGGGGCGUCUGCUUUGACGCGGCUCGGAGCGGUGUUUCUACUCUUCUCGGCCCAGGUGGCCUGUGAGUAUGGCAUGGUGCACGUGGUAUCUGAGACUGGAGUCCCCAGAGGCAAGGACUACUGCAUCCUGUACAACCCGCAGUGGGCCCACCUGCCACAUGACCUGGGCAAGGCGUCUCUCCUGCAGCUCGGUGACUGGUCAUCCUCCCUGCUCUGCUCCCCCAGCGACCUCCCUGCUAGUGGCUUCAGCAACCAGAUCCCGCUGGUGGCCCGAGGGAACUGCACCUUCUAUGAGAAAGUGCGAUUGGCACAGGGCAGCGGGGCCCGUGGGCUGCUUGUGGUCAGCAAGGAGAAGCUGGUUCCCCCAGGAGGAAACAAGACACAGUAUGAGGAAAUCGGUAUUCCUGUGGCCCUGCUCAGCUACAAGGACAUGCUGGACAUCUUCCGGAGCUUCGGCCACAAGGUACGGGUGGCGCUGUAUGCGCCCAGCGAGCCGGUGCUGGACUACAAUAUGGUCAUCAUCUUCAUCAUGGCGGUGGGCACGGUUGCCCUCGGGGGCUACUGGGCUGGGAGCCGGGAUGUGAAGAAAAGGUACAUGAAGCACAAACGUGACGACGGGCCCGAGAAGCAGGAGGACGAGGCAGUGGACGUGACGCCCGUCAUGAUCUGCGUGUUCGUGGUCAUGUGCUGCUCCAUGCUGGUGCUGCUCUACUACUUCUAUGACCACCUUGUCUACGUGAUCAUUGGGAUCUUCUGCCUGGCCUCUUCCACCGGCCUCUACAGCUGCCUGGCGCCCUGUGUGCGCUGCCUGCCCUGCUGUGGGUGCAGGGUCCCCGACAACAGCCUGCCCUACUUCCACAAGCGCCCCCAGGCCCGCAUGCUGCUUCUGGGGCUCUUCUGCGUGGCCGUCAGUGUGGUGUGGGGUAUCUUCCGCAACGAGGACCAGUGGGCCUGGGUCCUGCAGGACGCGCUGGGCAUUGCCUUCUGCCUGUACAUGCUGAAGACCAUCCGCCUCCCGACCUUCAAGGCCUGCACACUGCUGCUGCUGGUUCUCUUCAUCUACGACGUCUUCUUCGUCUUCAUCACACCCUUCCUGACCAAGAGCGGGAAUAGCAUCAUGGUGGAGGUGGCUACCGGGCCCUCAGACUCAGCCACCCACGAGAAGCUGCCCAUGGUCCUGAAGGUGCCCAGGCUGAACUCCUCGCCCCUGGCCCUGUGUGACCGGCCUUUUUCCCUGCUGGGCUUUGGAGACAUCUUGGUGCCAGGGCUGCUGGUGGCCUACUGUCACAGGUUCGACGUGCAGGUGCAGUCCUCCAGGGUCUACUUUGUGGCCAGCACCAUCGCCUAUGGCAUUGGCCUCCUGGUGACGUUUGUGGCGCUGGCGCUCAUGCAGCGCGGCCAGCCUGCGCUCCUCUACCUGGUGCCCUGCACACUGGUGACCUCGUGCGCAGUGGCCCUGUGGCGCCGGGAGCUGGGCGCCUUCUGGACAGGCAGUGGCUUUGUGCCUCUUUCCUGCAGAAAGACCUACCUCAGUCACCGUGGGCCCCGGCUGAUAGCCCCCAGCCUCCGAGGGACCCGGAUGGCCCCUGCCCUCAGCAACCUCCAGGUGAAGAGCAGGCCAAGGCCCCCCUGUCCACUGAGCAGCCCCCAGAACCAUCUACGUCGGAGGAGGAAGGGGCUGCCGCACCUGCCCAGGAGCCCAAGAGCCCGGCCCCCCACCCCUCAGAGCGUGUGGGCCAGGACCCAGCCUUGUCCAGCCCCACCGCCCAGCCCGGGAUCUCGGCCUAGGGAGGGGACAACCAAGACCUCACGGCCCCGCACGGCCGUCGCCACCACACCACAACGCUGGGGCCGCUGGCGCCUGCGGGAGACACAGGACAGCCAUCCCCACCAGCCAGGCCCGCGCCGGCCCCCAACAUGGUGCUCGGUCCUCAGCGGGGCUCCGUGGGCCUCCUGCCCUCGCCUGGCUACGCCCAGCCUCUCCAGCCCUGCUCUGUGCGCUUGGCCGCCUCAGCCCCUCCAGCUCCACAGUCUUCCAUCAGGUCUUCUUCCUGGUCGCUUGUGCCAUCUGCUUGCGGCCGAGGCCCCUGCAUCUGGUGCUUCACCUGCCGCUGCUUCCCUUCGGGGUUGUCCUCCCUGCGGGGCACAGCUCCAGGCGGCAGAGGGACAGAGUGCUGAGCAGCUACCACUGUCUGCGUGAGGUGGGCCGGGGCGGAGGGCGCCCCAAGCCUGGGACAGGUGGAGCGAGGCCAUCAGAGCUCGGGAACCCGACCACAGUGGAGACUGUGGCCCUGCCGAGUCGAGUCCAGUGAAGGCCCCUUGCACCUCCCUCUUUUAAUAAAGGGUCGCUGCUCUCUGA